AAGACACCGUGGUAUAAUGCUGGUGCUGAAACCCGACGGUGAUCACUACAAAAGAGUAGGGAUUCUGAAUUUUCGCAAUCUUGGUAUCCACAAGGACCGAAGGGAUUUCACGGAGUCGAAGAGCCUUAUUAAGGGGGAGAAUGGGUGCUUUUGGAUGAAGGAUUUUCGGCAAAAUGCUAUUGAAGUGGAGUAAGUCUGCAGAGUUUGUAAGUGGGAAGGGAUUAGUUAGAUUUGUGAUGUUUGUAAGACUAGCUCGGCGUUUCCAAUAUUAUCUAUUGAGAGUGUAUUUUCAAUAGUAAUAAUAUAAUAUAUACUGGUCA